GCCGAGCCCACAACAGUCGGAACUCGCCGCCCAGCCGCCAGCAGCUUGCACCCCGCACCCGCACACAAGCCCCGUACAGCCAUGUUUCAGCCAGCCGGGCACGGCCAGGACUGGGCCAUGGAGGGCCCGCGGGACGGCCUCAAGAAGGAGCGGUUGGUAGACGACCGCCACGACAGCGGCCUGGACUCCAUGAAGGACGAGGAGUACGAGCAGAUGGUGAAGGAGCUGCGGGAGAUCCGCCUGCAGCCGCAGGAGGCGCCGCUCGCCGCCGAGCCCUGGAAGCAGCAGCUCACGGAGGACGGAGACUCGUUCCUGCACUUGGCAAUCAUCCAUGAAGAGAAGACUCUGACCAUGGAAGUGAUUCGUCAGGUGAAGGGAGACCUGGCCUUUCUCAACUUCCAGAACAACCUGCAGCAGACUCCACUCCACUUGGCUGUGAUCACCAACCAGCCAGGAAUUGCUCAGGCACUUCUGGAAGCUGGCUGUGAUCCUGAGCUCCGAGACUUUCGAGGAAAUACCCCUCUGCAUCUUGCCUGUGAGCAGGGCUGCCUGGCCAGCGUGGGAGUCCUCACACAGACCUGCACGCCCCAGCAUCUCAGCUCCAUCCUGCAGGCCGCCAACUACAAUGGCCACACGUGUUUGCACCUCGCCUCUAUCCAUGGCUACCUAGGCAUUGUGGAGCAUUUAGUGUCGUUGGGUGCUGACGUCAAUGCUCAGGAACCCUGCAAUGGCCGGACGGCCCUCCAUCUUGCUGUGGACCUGCAGAACCCUGACCUGGUUUCGCUGUUGUUAAAGUGUGGGGCUGAUGUCAACAGAGUCACUUACCAGGGCUACUCCCCCUACCAGCUUACGUGGGGCCGCCCAAGUACCCGGAUACAGCAGCAGCUGGGCAAGCUGACCCUGGAAAAUCUUCAGAGGCUGCCAGAGAGCGAGGAUGAGGAGAGCUACGACACAGAGUCAGAGUUCACGGAGGACGAGCUGCCCUAUGAUGACUGCGUAUUUGGAGGCCAACGUCUGACAUUAUGAGUGGAAAGUGUCAAAAAGAACACGGACUUGUAUAUUUGUACAAAACAAGAGUUUUAUUUUUCUAAAAAAAAAAAAGAAAAGAAAAUUAAAAAAAAAAAAAGAAA